UCUUUUUAACGCGAUUUCUUGAUAAUAUUUUUAAUGAUUUGAUGCAUACCUGGAUGCAUCGAACUGGAGGAGGGAGAAGGAUGAAAAUCCCUCUCUAUCUCGUAAUCUCUGACGCGAAGUGGACUUGCGGCUCUUUGUGAUACAGUAGGAAUAGCAGUCGGAGGGAGAGAGAAAGAGAGAGAGAGAGACACGGAGGCCGCGCGCAUAUAUACGGAAGGACUCGUGGGUGACGUUCGCUCUCGCCGCUACCACUGGCUACCAGCUACCACAACCACCGUCGCUCGGUCCACGCUCAGUCGCGCUCCGCACGUCCUGAGAAUCAUCCGCGUCGCGACUCCUCCGCGCCUCCGUCACUCGUCGCACGCCGUACCGGCUUCUCUUCUCCACGUAGACGUGUCUCCUCUUGGCCUGCUCCGCACCACGUGCCAUCCUCGCACGAGACAUCCUCAGUGUCUCACGCGCGGCUCUCGCCCGCGCGCAGCUUCCCAGAGAAGAUCCUUCCAGUUCGUUGUCAGGACGAAGCUCUUUUCGCCGCAGGACGACGAGAAACGAUAGCACAACUAUUUCGAACCACUUGAACCACAUCCCGGAAACCUUCCGAUCUCCCGAAUCGAAACAAGUGCCAACGAUCGACGCCGAAAGAUCAAUCAUGAACGGAGUAUCGAGCGCAAAGUUGAAGAUGUACGAUGGCGAGGACGGCAAUCCGAUAAUGAUCAAGAAGCCCUUGCCAUUGAGGGCGGUUUCGUGGAAUGACAACAUCGAGGAAGCCGACCUGGACGUCCCUGGAACGCCCAGAACACCGCGUACGUCUACGACAAAAGGCCACGAGAAAUGUAUGUUCCAUCACGAUUUGGAGCUGGACCACCGACCACCCACGCGGGAGGCGAUGCUACCGGAAAUGUCUCGAAGUUACAAAUUGCUUCUAAGUUCGCUGGGCGAAGACCCGGAACGACAGGGUCUCCUGAAAACGCCGGAACGCGCCGCAAAGGCCAUGCUCUUCUUCACCAAAGGAUACGAUCAGAGUCUCGAAGAUGUGAUUAACGAUGCGAUAUUCGACGAGGAUCACGAUGAGAUGGUAGUGGUAAAGGAUAUCGAGAUGUUUUCCAUGUGCGAACAUCAUUUGGUACCGUUCUACGGUAAGGUGUCCAUUGGUUAUCUCCCCUGCAAGAAGGUACUGGGUCUCAGCAAACUCGCCAGAAUCGUGGAGAUCUUCAGCAGACGACUCCAGGUGCAGGAGAGAUUGACGAAGCAAAUCGCGAUAGCGGUCACGAAGGCCGUACAGCCUGCCGGCGUCGCCGUCGUGGUUGAGGGAGUACACAUGUGCAUGGUCAUGCGAGGCGUACAGAAGAUCAACAGCAAGACAGUGACCUCGACGAUGCUGGGCGUGUUUCGGGACGAUCCGAAGACCCGCGAGGAGUUCCUGAACCUGGUGCACAACAAGUAAACGGUCGAGACGCGUCGCGGUGUCAUUAUCGUCGGCCACCGGUGGGGCUAGUAGAUUUCAACGCAUGACACCCCGACUGCGUUCUCCGACAUCCGACCGCUACCUCGUUGCGAAGCCCUCUCCCGCGGGGCUUCGGAAUCGUCAUCGUCGUCGUCGUCGCUGCCGCCACCGUAAAUCACAAUCCCUCCCGCAUACAUUCCGUUUAUUCUAAAAGAAAAAACAAAAUAAAAUAUCUAGACCUCGACGACGUUUCCAUGUGCCUGUGUAUCGUGAAUACGAUCGGGAAAGUCCAUGCAGGGGCGAUCGCUUUCCGGGACCAAGAUAGCGCGACAGCGGGUGGCGGAGACGACGUUCGACGCGCGUCCGCGCUAAUAAGGAUGCGCUCAAACUGCUGAUCGAGUGACACUGACAAUAGCGACGACGCGUCGUGGUCAUCCGCGAAGACGCCUGCACGUUCGCGGAGCGACGACGACGCGGAUGACUCACGAGCGACUUGUCGCGCAUUUCCGACGCGAAGGGACAGCGAAAAGGACCAAUUGUUCAACGCGAUAAAAUGCGUCUUCGUGGAAACGGAAAGUUGCUGCUGGUUCAGCGACAAUCCUGUCGCAAGAGUCCACGAGGGUUCGCUGCGCCUUCGACCGAGCGAGUUCGUCGCUUACGAAAGAGCUUUUUAGAUAAUUUUUCAACGAAAACUCCCGUCGAUCGCAGACACGACAGCCGGCGCGUCUCUCUCGUGACAAUAAAUUAUACAUCUUGUAGACUAGUGAAUAUUCCUUCGAAGAGAUCGCGCUCGACUUCUUCGUUCGUUUGCGUCGACCGUGCGAGAUUUCGGGACUCACAGUUUUACGUCGUGUCGUUUCACGAUAUUCGACGUUUUCCGCAGCUGCGAAACUCGACAGCCAUGGGUUUCGCAUCGUCGCUGAUCUGCGUGAUCGCCUAUACUUUUGUUCGCCCCCGUUAAUAAGCGCAUGUUACGAUUAAAGCACAAAUUGAAACACCAUUGUUAAAAGUUAGGAUCCUUUUUUCGCUUCUCACAACCUUUAAUUUCUAAAAUUAAAUAUCUUGAUUCAUAUCUCAAAGUUAAAAUGCAUCGAAACUUAAAUUGCAAGAAAAUAACGUUUCAUUAUAUAAUUUGCAACUCUAAAACAUGAUGAAACAUUUGAAAGAACUUACUUUUAAUUAAUUAAAAUUUCAAAAACAUUUGCGCACCUUGGCUCCGUUUAGAAAAAAUUAUUUCAAAUGCGCUUAUUACCGGAUGCCACGUGUCAUCAUUCAUUGUUCACUAAUGAAUGAUUUUUUCAUGUUAAUUUAACUUAAUUUUAAAAGAACUCGCGAAAGAAAUGUCGCGAAAUGCGCACUGCCUCAGCCAUGCAUUGCGCAUCGUGACGAGCUCCGAAAGAUUGUUUUACACCGCAUUUGCCUAUUCCACUUGUCGAGAUGUUUCCCAGGGAAAAUUGUCCACCCUCGGACGUCCAUUCUCGAUCAUCAUCAAGUGCAUAUCAUUAAAAUUAAUUUACUUUGCGUAUUCUACAUUUUUAAUGUAGAACAAAGAUAUUGUUAUCGCAAUUUAUUUCUCGUAUAAGCGUUAUUAAAUCCGUGCGAUUACAAAAAAUUUAUAUUUUAUCUGGAACCGUGAAAAUUUACAUAGAAAAUGUAUAUAUUAUCUUUGUUGCACCUUUACUUUUUGCGUGCUUGCGACUAAUCCACGAGUACCGCACCUCAUAUUGAGAUUUUUACUGAUAUUUUAAACGAUAUAAUACAAUAUAAUACAGUUUAUUAUGUACAUAUCGAUUUAUGUUAGAAUAUGUGAUUCAAAACUUCCUGCCUCAACAGACUGAAGUGAUAAAGCUUCGGUAUAUUCUCCGAUUAUAUUUUCUGAACGCAAAAGGUUGGAGAGAGUUGUUCAAGUUAUACUUAUGAAACUAAACGUUUAAUAUUUGUAAUAUUUUUCUGAUGAUAUUAUAUAAAAAGUUAUAUUUA